AGAGAGAGAGAGCGCGCCGAGAAGAAGAAGAUCGAAAGAAACCGAAAAAAUCCGAAAAUCCAAUGUCUUCCCCCCGCCCAUAGUUAAAAUCCAACCCUAGCCGGGUCUCUCUCUCGUCUCUCUCUCUCACACUCAUACAGUUUCUCUCUUAUCCGAAUCCUGCAGAAGGCAUAAAAACGCGCGGUCCUGCAGCCCCAAAUCCUCUCCGAUUGGCUAAAUCUCUAUGUCCAUUUCGCUCCGCGAGGUCCGCUUGCAUGUGGGUGGUCCCUCUCGGCCCGGAAUUCUGCGAUCCCUCCUUCGUCCCCCCACCUAGCCAUGGCGGCCAAGAAGAGGCUGUGGGAGCCCUUCACCAAGAGCCUGAUGGACGAGGUCCACCGCUGGGGCUGCAUGAAGCAGACCGGGGUUAGCCUCAAGUACAUGAUGGAGUUCGGGUCCCGCCCCACCGACCGCAACCUGCUCAUUUCCGCCCAGUUCCUCCACAAGGAGCUCCCGAUCAGGAUCGCGAGGCGCGCCAUCGAGCUCGAGAGCCUCCCUUACGGCCUGUCCGAGAAGCCCGCCGUUCUCAAGAAGUGCUUAUUGUCUCAAAAUUCUACUCUAAUCGAUGGGCAUGAGGUUCGAGAUUGGUAUUUGGAUUCUUUCCGUGAUGUAAGGUCCUUUCCCGAUAUCAAGGAUAUGAAUGAUGAGAAAGAAUUCACGCAAAUGAUAAAGGCUGUAAAGGUUAGGCACAACAAUGUCGUCCCGAUGAUGGCAUUGGGUGUGCAGCAGUUGAAGAAAGGCAUGGAUCUAAAGAUUAUGUAUGAAGAUCUCGAUGAGAUUCAUCAGUUUCUUGAUCGAUUUUACAUGUCCCGAAUCGGAAUCCGAAUGCUUAUUGGACAGCAUGUCGAGCUGCAUAAUCCCAAUCCCCCUCCUCAUUGUGUGGGUUAUAUACAUACAAGAAUGUCCCCUGUUGAAGUAGCACGAAAUGCUAGUGAGGAUGCCCGUUCUCUAUGUCUGAGGGAGUAUGGCAGUGCUCCAGAUAUUAAUAUAUAUGGAGAUCCCAGCUUCACAUUCCCGUAUGUUCCAACCCACUUGCAUCUGAUGGUAUUUGAGUUGGUUAAGAACUCUUUGCGUGCUGUACAAGAGCGAUUCAUGGACUCCGAUAAAGUUGUGCCCCCCAUUCGAAUAAUUGUUGCUGAUGGGAUAGAGGACGUGACAAUAAAGGUGUCUGAUGAGGGGGGUGGGAUCCCGCGAAGUGGUCUCCCCAAGAUCUUCACUUACCUAUAUAGUACUGCCAAAAACCCAUUGGAUGAGAAUGCAGAUCUAGGAGUAGCUGAUACAGGGAUGAUGACAAUGGCUGGAUAUGGAUAUGGGCUACCUAUUAGCCGCCUUUAUGCUCGGUAUUUUGGAGGGGACCUGCAAAUUAUCUCCAUGGAAGGAUACGGAACUGAUGCGUAUCUUCAUCUGUCUCGUCUGGGUGAUUCGCAAGAGCCCCUAUCUUGAAUGAAGCAGAGGUUAGGACCUUCUGGGCCGAGAAUAAACCUGAGUCCCCGACUGCGUAGUGUAGCAUAGUUACUAUUGUUGGAGGAUUGUAUCUGUCAUGAUCCGAAUAAAUGGUAAUUACACAUACUCCUUUUAUUUCAGGAAAUUCGGGUUUGUGUUGGGUCCCAAUUAUGCAUUUGAAAGAGAUGCAGAUGGAGGCAGUGGCUAGGGAGGGCAUGAGUUUAGGGAUUUCCUUUGAUGGAGUUGAUUCAUGUAAUCUGAAUCUUUUUACAUCAAAUUUACAUAUGUAAAUAAGAAGCUAGUCCAGGUUACUUA